GGAAGGCGAUGCAAGAUGGAUGCUCUUAAGGAACUGAGCGCGGGCAAGGACUGCUCCAAUACAGAGAUGCUCUUCGCUUUGCUGGCACAGAAUGAGGACGUGCGCAAAGAAAUCCCGCUCUGCGCAGGCUGCAACCAACACAUUGUGGACAGGUUCAUCUUGAAGGUGCUGGAUAGACACUGGCAUAGCAAAUGCCUGAAAUGCAGCGAUUGCCAGACCCAGCUGGCCGAGAAAUGCUUCAGCAGAGGGGACAGCGUGUAUUGCAAAGAGGACUUCUUCAAGAGGUUUGGGACAAAAUGUGCAGCCUGUCAGCAGGGGAUCCCCCCGACCCAGGUGGUGAGAAGGGCCCAAGAUUUUGUCUACCACCUGCACUGCUUCUCUUGCAUCGUGUGUAAAAGGCAGCUGGCCACGGGGGACGAGUUCUACCUCAUGGAGGACAGCCGGCUGGUCUGUAAAGGAGACUAUGAGACCGCCAAGCAGAGAGAGGCGGAGUCCACGGCAAAAAGACCCCGAACCACCAUCACAGCCAAGCAGCUGGAAACCCUGAAAAACGCGUAUAACAAUUCCCCCAAACCUGCCAGGCACGUGAGGGAGCAGCUGUCCUCAGAGACCGGGCUGGAUAUGAGAGUCGUACAGGUGUGGUUCCAGAACAGAAGGGCUAAGGAAAAAAGACUAAAGAAAGACGCUGGGAGGCAGAGAUGGGGCCAGUAUUUUAGGAAUAUGAAAAGAUCCCGGGGGAAUUCAAAAUCUGACAAGGACAGUAUCCAGGAGGAAGGCCCAGACAGUGAUGCUGAGGUCUCCUUUACAGAUGAGCCCUCUAUGUCAGAAAUGAGUCACUCCAAUGGGAUUUACAGCAACCUAAAUGAAGCUUCUCCUGCUUUGGGGAGACAAGCUGGGACCAACGGGAGCUUCUCUUUGGAACAUAGUGGCAUUCCUGCUCAGGACCAGUACCACGACCUCAGAUCCAACAGCCCCUACGGGAUACCCCAAUCACCAGCUUCUUUGCAGGCAUUGCCAGGCCACCAACCUUUAAUCUCAAGCUUGGUUUAUCCAGACAACGGUUUAGGCAUCAUAGCUCAAGGUGGACAAGGCGUGCCCCAGCCAAUGAGAGUCUUAGGUGGGAAUGGACCCAGUUCUGAUCUCUCCACGGGGAGCAGCGGAGGGUAUCCAGACUUCCCUGCCAGCCCUGCCUCCUGGUUAGAUGAAGUUGAUCAUGCCCAGUUUUGAUACAGGACCCACCACAAUGUGGGGAAAAGCAUCAUCUACUGUUGAGAAUAAAAUAUGGGGCAAAAAAUGACUUCUGAGGAAAAAGUAAGAGAGUUACAUGGAGAAAGAAAGGCAAAUGUGCUCAAGAGGUUGGCCAGCCGUGGCUUCGCAAGACAAUUGACCAAGGAAUCAUGUCAGAGUGACUGGCUUAAGAAAAGUCCAAGUGAAACUGCUCAGUGUGUCUACAGAACACUCCGGAACACCAAGACUCGUGCUUUACAGAGCUGAUAACGUAUUUUGUUUUCUGUUGUCAGUUCAUUCUCCAAAGCAAUGACUUGCUUCAUCACUUACUUACCCCACAAGCUUUUUUAAAAAUAAAGAUCUCAUCCAUUGUAAAAGAAGCGACAAUGUUUAUAUUUCUACAGGAGAAAGGUG